AUGAUCUCUGCAUCAAACCCAGUUAUGAUCAACUAUCCAGCACUAACAUACAAGCAAAAGAUCAAUGAUAACCUAUACAAUUUCCCAAGGCGAUUCAAAGCGUAUCUACUAGGGCUUUUCCCAAUCAUUCAGUGGAUUCAUCGCUAUAACUUUUCGUGGCUAGUCCAAGAUGCAAUCGCAGGCAUAACGGUAGGAAUGCUUAUCGUGCCUCAAGGCAUAGCUUAUGCAAAGAUCGCAAACCUGGAUCCACAAUACGGCUUAUAUACAUCAUUUGUGGGCGUUACAUUAUAUUGCUUCUUUGGAACAUCAAAAGAUAUCAGCAUUGGCCCCAUUACUGUUGUCUCACUCCUCGUCGGCCAAGCUGUAACAAAAGUAACUGAAGCACAUCCAAAUAUCACUGGGGCUGAAAUAGCUGUUUGUCUUUCGCUGUUUUCUGGCCUUACUACAGUACUGAUUGGCCUUGUGAGACUUGGGAUACUAGUCGACUUUAUCUCAGAACCUGUCAUUGCUGGUUACAUGACAGGCUCAGCCAUUACCAUCUCAUUUGGUCAAUGGCCCAAAGUGUUUGGUCUGAAAGCGGUAAAUACGCAUGAGUCUCCGUAUCUAAUAUUUUACAACUUUUUCAAGCACUUACCAGAGACCAAGCUUGAUGCUGCCUUUGGAUUGACAGCCUUGAUGGCUCUGUAUAUCAUUAAAAUCGGUGGUGCUCAUCUGAGUCAAAAGGUCUCUAAGCUAAAGAAGCCGCUCUCCUUUUUGGGAAUCAUGCGAAGCGGUUUGAUUGUUAUUCUCGGUACACUCGCGUCGUAUAUCAUCAAUGUUCACCAUCACAGCAAGCCAUUAAUCAACAUUAUUCAAGAAGUACCUGCUGGGUUUGAUGCCAUAGCAAUUCCAACGUUGAACAUGACUAUUUUAAAGGAAGCCAGUGGUGUGUUGCCUUCCAUUGCAUUGAUUCUAAUCUUGGAACAUGUCUCUGUUGCAAAGUCAUUUGGUCGUAUGAGCAAUUACAGUAUCAAUCCAAACCAAGAAAUUUUAGCCAUUGGUAUGAGCAAUAUUAUAGGGUCUUUCUUUGGCGCAUAUCCUUGCACAGGUGCUUUCAGCCGCACCGCUGUUAUGGCUCGUUCUGGCGCAAAAACGCCAAUGGCUGGUGUGUUCUCAGGUGCUGUUGUUGUUCUUGCAUUGUAUGCGCUUACACCCGCCUUUUAUUACAUACCUGAGUCAGUCUUGGGUGCCGUUGUGAUUCAUGCUGUUAUUGAUUUGAUCUCAGGUCCCACUUUCCUUAAAAACCUUUGGCAGCAAAGCGUACUGGAGUUUAUGAUUUUUGCCAUUGCGGUUGCCAUUACGUUUUUCAUGGAUGUUGAAACUGCCAUAUACGUCUCUGCGGGUCUUUCUCUGUUGCUCAUGUUGCUGCGUCUAGCUCGCCCAUCUGUUUCAAGCUUGGGUCGCGUAAAAUUGAACCCUGCAUACAGUAACCUUUCGGCAUCAUCUUCGUCUGCAACGCCCAAACAGAAACAUGCCGCACAUAAUAUCUAUGGCAUGGAUAAGACAGCCCGCUACAUAUUUGUGGAUGAAAAGGAUACGCAUUUCUCUGGUUUACUGGACCCACUUCCUGCUGGUAUUAUUGUGGUCCGACUAAGCAACUCCAUCUUGUACCCCAACGCAAAUUAUAUUACUGAAAGAAUGACUGAACUGAUCAAAUCUCGUACUCGUUCUGGCAAUGAAGACGAUGAUAGCUCACAGCAAGAAGAAAGUCCUUGGAACCAGCCUGUUGCUUCAGCAAAAGAGGAUAUGCUUCAUCGACAUGCUCUCAAGCCUUAUUUAGAAAGCAUUGUAUUAGACUUUGGCAGUGUAGACAAAUUGGAUGCAACUGCUCUUCACACAUUGCAUGCUAUGAAACAGUCUUUUGAUAGUUAUGCCGGUGGUAAAGCGGUAGAGUGGCACUUUUGCCAGAUUGCGAACCAGCAAGUGAGGCAGCUGCUGAUUGAAGCAGGGUUUGGGUAUUUAUCAGAAGCCGAAAAAGACUUUACAUGGUCAUCUCUGGUUGAUUUGAAAAGGGCAAAAGAUACAACAGCUAUACCUGCAACGGAAACCCCAUUUUACAGUGCAGGCAGUGUUCCCACUAUGAAUAGCUUAUGUGAUCCAAUGGGUAUGAUGUUCGUUGAAUCAUUUGAUUCAUCAACAUUGAAUGCAACUACAGCCUCUCACCAAGAAUAUCAAGAAUCGAGUCCUAUUGAACUUCUGCCAAAAGAUACCUUUCCUGCUUUCCAUUGGGAUGUUGAAGAGGCUGUUUACUCUAUUUGUGCUAGACGUCAUAACCAGAAAAAAAAUUGUCAACAACUUCAGAAUUCUUCUUCAAUUACUGUUACCAUAUAUUAA